CUGAACCGAUUCGAACAAAGAUAUUUGAGUUAUAGGCGAAAAUGUGUGCAACCGAUUUGGCGCAAGAAGAAGCAAGCGACAAUUUCUAGCCAUCCAACGGACGGCAAGCUCAGUCUUGUACGAACCGUCGACGGGAGCACAUAUCGGUGAAACUAAAUAAUUCCGGAAAAACUCAAAGAAAAUCCAUCAAAUAUGUCGGCUGCUACGGAACAACAGAACAACGGCGAUGUGGCCGUGGAGAAGGUGGCGGCGGAUGAUGUGUCUGCUGUCAAGGACGAUCUCAAGGCGAAGGCGGCCGCUGAGGAUAAGGCCGCUGCUGCCGAUGCCGCCGGCGACGCGGCCGACAACGGCACGUCAAAGGACGGCGAGGAUGCCGCCGAUGCCGCCGCCGCUGCCCCCGCAAAGGAAUCCGUGAAAGGCACCAAAAGGCCAGCAGAAGCCAAAUCCGCAGAAUCAAAGAAGGCCAAGAAGGCAGCGGCCGCCGAUGGAGAUUCCGAUGAGGAAGAGGCUCUGGAGGAAAUCAUCGAGGGCGACAGUGAAAUCGAGAGCGACGAGUACGACAUCCCCUACGAUGGUGAGGAGGAUGACAUUGAAUGUGAUGAUGAUGAUGAUGAUAAUGAUGACGGUUCCGGCUCGGACGAUCAGGCGUAAUAAUAAUGUAGUCAAAAAUACAAACAAAAACAAACAAAAAUUUAAAUUAAUAAUAAAUAAAAGUUACAAGCAAAAACAAAACAAAAAAAUAUAA